CGCUCAUUAUUGCACUUUUUUUUUCUCUACUGAUAGUCCAUUCGAUCAAUUCAAUUCAAUUUGUACAAUUCAAUUCAAUUAACAUUAUUGACUCUAUUGACUGACUCCCCCCUCCUAUUGAAUUGAAUUGAAUUGAAUUGAUCUUUUCUUUUCUUUUUUUUUUUGAUUUCCAGAAUAAGAAUCAGAACCCAAACUUGUCUGUCUUCCCCCCUCUUUUUCUUUUUCUUCUUGCUUCUUUCUUUCUUCUUUUACUCUUUUUUUAUAUUUAUAUUAAAUAAUAAUAAUAAUAAUAAUAAUAAUAAUAAUAAUAAUAAUAAUAAUAAUAAUAAUUUACAGCAGUUAUGACAUCCUGUUGUUCAAGUGUGAGUAGAUGGUAUGUUCUGGUAACCAACCUACUCUUUAUCUGCCUUGGGUUGGCCUUCCUGGUGUUUGGCCUACUUGGAUACAAGGAACACUUUAAAGGAUCCACUCUCUUUCCAGAUUCUUACUUUUACCUUGUUGCAAUUCUGGGAGGAAUCAUAAUCGUCUCAGCCAUCCUAGGAAUCACCCAGGCAUUCGUUCGCUCAAAGGCAUUGCUCUUGAUUUAUAUUCUCGUUGUUCUCGUAGCCCUCGUAUACCAGAUCGUCAUUGGCAUCAAGGUCUAUAAGAAAGCUGCAGAUCCUGUAGGAUACCUUGCGCCUCUCUGGACAAGUUCCCCUGAAUCAUACAGACUACAUGUUCAAGACGAGUUCAAUUGCUGUGGAUUCAACAAUAACAUGGACCACCCGGCCAUCACUUCCGAAUGCAACCCACAAGCCGGCAAGGUCCUGCACCUGGCUCCAUGCUACAAUAGUCUGGUCGACUACAUCAAGAGCUACUUUAGUAAACUCUAUCUGGUUCUCUUUGCCGCCCUUGCAAUCGAACUUCUCGCACUCUCCAACGCAAUCACAAUCCUCUGCACACAAAGGUCACUUGGGGAUGCAUAUGAUCGUCACCAACGAAGACGCUCGGGUAUCAAACUAGACGAGAUCUCGGUCGUCGACUCGCCCACCACCAUUGUAGGAUCCCACAACCAUCUAACAGAAGAAGAACACAAACAGUACAUCUACUCAUCCAAACCACACGAACCAUAUGCCAACUACAAUUCCAAUUCAAAUUCAAAUUCAAAUUCAAACCUCAAUGACAGCCAUCACUACAAUCUAUAUGGCGAUCCAGACCGUUCAGACAGUCACCAACGCUUGAAUGCCCACGAUGAACGUGUGAACCAUUACUACUAAAUCACCCUAAACAAAUCUUUUUUAUUUUUUAUUUUUAUUUUAUUUUUUAUUUUCUUAAAAGAAGUUGAUGACAAAGGAUUAAGAUCAAGAUGAUGAAGAUGAUGAAGAUGAAGAGGAUUAAAAGGCCAAACAAUAAGAAAAAGGAAUCUCAUUGUACAUCAUCAAACACCAAAAAAGAAAGAAAAAAAAACCAUAUAUAUUCUUUUCUUAUAAUCUCAUACAUACAUAUAUACAUACAUACCUCCUCCUCCUCCUCCUCCUCCUCAUCAUCAUCAUCAUCAAAUUCCUUUAUGAAUUUUAUUACCUCCGUCCAUCCUUCCUUCCGUCUCACCCGUCUCUAUUCACCCGUCCGUCCGUCCGUCCGCUCAUCCGCUCAUCCGCCUAUCUCAUCUGAUCUUCUUCCUCCUCCAUCCUAUCCUAUCUUAUCUUAUAUUCCAUUCCAUUCGUAUUUACUAUAAUUGUCAUUAUUAUUAUUAUUAUUAUUAUUAUUACUACUACUACUACUACUACUACUACUAAUAUUUAUAAUUUAUAUAAUUUAUAUAUAUUAUUAUUAUUUUAUACAUGUACGCACGUGUACG